CGAGGUUGAAGGUUUUGCUUGGCCGCUGGUUUCCCUUCCUUUACUUUUCUCCCAAGCAAGCCUUGACGCUCUUUCGUCUGCCUGCAGGAACAGGAAGCGCCGGGCGCCAUUAUGCACAUCUCUGUCUUCUCCCUUACUCGCCUGUUUACCUUGUGUUUCUCGAUUUUGAUCUUUGUGCCGGCCGCGUACGCUGCGCCUCAUCUCGUGAGCAUUUCUGAGCUCAUCCCUCGCCAGGACGGACCGACGACAUUCCAGACGACCGUCACGUCCACCAAUAGUCUGAAUAUCCGAAGUGCUGGGAACACUUUCGUUCAACGGUGUACGAUCACGCUGACUCCUGUCACUGCGGUUGGUCAAGAAAUGGUGCUUGUGGAACAGUCCUGUGACGCUGGGACAAUGACGACGACGACGGCGACAAUGUCAGAUACACAACCGAGCUCCACUUCACCGACCCAGUUCGACUACACUUCCUCCAGACCCAUCUUUAACCUCAACACCAUCACGACUAGCUCCUCUUCCUCCGUUCCCACCAGUACCGAAGCACCGCAAAGCCUGUCACAGAGUAGGACUAUUACCAGUGCUAGAACGACAAACCCUACUACUACGUUCUCAACACGGACAUCAACCUCCACUUCAAUUGGCACUGCAACAGCUGGACAACUUUCUGUUCCGGGGCGCACUGUCUCCGUGCUGCCCAUAGGAUUAGGUGUCUUCGCCAGUGUGUCGGUCAUCGGAAUUAUCGUUGUGGGAGUCGUCACUUGGGAGAGGACCAAAUACAGGAAGGCUUUCAGAGCAAGAAGAUUAGCAGAAGCGGGUGGCACGAUGGCUUAUACAGAUACUGCGCCGAGCGCAUAAUUUUAUGUUGUUCUGCUCCCCUUCGUUCCUUUUACUGCUUUUCCUUUGCUAUUUAGUACGACUUUCGAUCUUGGCUAAGUGCACUGGUUGCGCCUUUGUUGCUUGAAGGUGUAUAAUC